AUGAGUUUCAGUUCGCGCGCUGCGCGGACGGCGUCGAACGUGCAUUGGGAGCGACGUGCGCCUGUGAGUCACUCAGUCGCUCUCCCAGGGGGCUCGAGCGGCAGAAGGGUCAAGGCCACAGGCGUUUCCGCGAUCGAAGAGAUGCCCGUAAAAGUACGCGUGCAGCCUGAGCAAGAAGGGUCUUCUGCGAAGGUCUGGGCGGCGCUAGCGCUCAUGGUGAACAAGCCAAGCAACACGCAGCAGACGGCCAGGGAGACACAGGCGGUCACAUUGCGAGGCGGUCGCGCAGCUUGCAUCGCUCGUCGGGCACCCCGUCGGACCUCGGACACCUCGACCGAUCUCCUGGGGGCCCAGCCUGCCCGCUCGCCUGCCCUCGACCAGCCAAACACACCACGCCUGUCCACCCCCUCCCUCCAAACACAGCCAAACACACCCACGGAUCGCACCCAAGCCAAGCCCGCCCGGCUCGCGGCCCCCGCCCGAUGCGCUUCUCCCGACCGCCGCUCCCGCGCGAGUGAGAUCCCGGUGCAGGCGCGUACCCCGGUCCCGCGCGUCGUGUGUGCGCGCGCGGGUAUUUGGAGCAUCUGA